CUCGCUCGCUUUCAGAGUUAUAAAUACGAAGCUCUUUGAGAAGUCAAACAGUUUGAGCCAGCUUCAGGGACAGAGACACUCGGACCCUCACAGUCUCCAGUCGGCCUUUUCCCAGCUCAGAUUCGCUCCGGCAGGGAUUGAAAGCAGCGGGCCCGGACACAAUCAGGAAUCGAACCGGCGACAUAUCGUAAUAUUCAAGUGGUGACAAGAUGUUUUCAACGGCGAGGGCAGUGGUCUGUCUGUCCCUGUGUCUGGCUGUCUGUCAGGUCAGGGGGUCGUACAUCCCUGUAGAGAUGAACAGAACCUUCCAGAGCCUCCUGCAGCACUAUAACAUUUCUCCUGCAGAGCGAUACAACAGGAAGCCCGUCUUCUCCAGAGAUCCUCUGAGCGGCAGGAUGGAGGCACAGAAGGUGUAUAUGGGCGGCGUGUUGGAGGCGUAUGAGAAGCUCCUCGGUCACAUGUUGAAGCAGCUGCCGGCGCCUCAGACAGCAGAGCUCCCUAACCCCUGUGAUGCUGAGAAGGGGACCACCAAAGACGUCAGGGUGGAGCUGAGCUGCAUCCUGAAGAAGGUCCAGGACCUGAGGAGGCACAGCUUCCAGGAGGAGGGGAAGCUUCUGCAGAGUCUGCAGGCGCUCAAACACGUCAAGAUGGAGGACGAGGUCAUCCAGAGCAAAGCAUUGUGGGAACUACCAUGGCUGUAUGAGGCGGCGAGCUCCUUGUCUGACGACCGCAUUAACCAGAGGCGGCGGAGACGGCAAGCACGGAGGGCCAAGAAUCGUCCCUGAGCCCGAAACAGAAAGAGGCAGAGUAACGACGGUGACAUAACUAAGAUAUUUAAAAAACAGUAAAAUGUGGAAUAUUUAAUUAGAAGCUUUUAACGGAUCAAAGAACAUUCAUAUUUAACAGUUAAUUAAGGGUUAAUUUAAUAUAUAUUUAUGAUGAUGAUGUUUAACCAGCAGCCUCCGACCCACAGCUCCAAUAACUUUGUACAUUUUAUUUUAUUUUUUAACCAAGUCUGAUGUUUGAAUCUUGAAGGUUUGAACGUUUUCUAACUCGCCUCCUCAAACACAGGAUGUGACCUGGGAAUACUUGAUUUCUUGAUUUUUGAUUACUAAGCCGCUGAUUUGUUGAGAUGAAAAGUCAGAAUUAAAUGUCGAUAUUGUCCGUCUGAGAUAUCAGCUUGGAUCCUUUAUCAUUUACUAAAACUACGGUGGCCUGUUUCCGCCAUUCAAACUUGAUAUUUAUAAUAUUUUACCCGUGGAGGUUCCCAACAAACUAGUUUAAAGAGGACAUAUUAUCCCCCUCCUCCAUCUUUUCAAACAGUCCCCCUCCUCCAUCUUUUCAAACAGUCCCCCUCCUCCACCUUUUCAAACAGCCCCCUCCUCCACCUUUUCAAACAGUCCCCCUGUGGUCUAAAUGAAACAUCUGUGCUUUGGUCAAAAUAUAACAUGAAUCAAGCACCAGAGGAGGUUUGUGACCCUGUAUAAACCAGCUCUCUCAGAACGCUCCGUUUUGGUGUGUGUGUCUCUUUAAAUGCAAUGACCCCCCCCUGAGUUUUCCUGGUAGACAUCAGUCCUUCACUAGGGAGAAUAAAAAUAGGCUGGGGGUGGAGUCCAUGGGUGGAGAUACCAGGGGAGGGGAGGGGAUUUAUUUUUACCAGAAUCCCACUGUGACAUCACAAGGAGAGACAUUUGAAACAGAGCAUUUAUCUCUGUGUUGUAAGACUUAUGCAGACCACAAACAAAGGACUGGAUGGUUUAUUUCACAUGUUGUGGGUCAGUAGACUCUCAGGUUACACAGAUAUAUGUUCAGAAACACUGGAAGAGUUUUCAGAAUAUGUCUCCUUUAAAGACUGUGUUCAUUUGUCUUUAAUUUAGUCUUUACUGAGUUUUGGCAAACUGCAUGUUCCUGUUUCAACUAGUUUGUCCGUGUCCAUAACGCACAUGGUUCUUUAUGUUAAUCCUUCGUUCUGUAUUUUAUAAUCUUCACAUUUUAAAAACAUGAAAUGAUUGUCCAACGCCACACCAGUAUCUCCGUAGUUCUCUAAGAGCUGACGGAGAUGUUUACAGUGUAAAGCUGACAGGUCGUCCAGCACUCGAGGGUGUAAUGUUUGAUUUAUUAUAUUUAUUUGUUGUGUAUUUAAAGAGUUUAAUUUAAAGGUGAACCAUUCUGCUGUGACUGAGAGGAUAAUUUAUUUUGUUAUUGUAUGAUUGUGAUAAUUUAUUGAUUGGCACAUGCAACUGAAUAAAUCUGAAUUAAUUGCA